AUCUCGCGAGUACGCCUGCGUCAGGUGCAGUCAUGGAGGCGGAGGAGGUGGAUGUGGAUGUGGAAGGAGAUGUGACGGCGGCUGCACAGCCGGGAAAUGAUGAAAAUACAGCAUCAGUUUUUCAAGAUCACUAUCUUGACUCAACAUGGAGAAGGGAGAAUGGCUGUCUUCCUUGGACUCUGGAUAGCACCAUCAGUGACGAGAACAGAGCUGUCAUUGAGAAAAUGUUGUUGGAAGAAGAGUAUUAUUUAUCUAAUAAAUCACUUCCAGGAAAAUUCUGGGUUAAUCAAAAGGAGGAUAAUAAAAAAUACUCAAACAGGGUACAUUCUCCUGCAAAACCAGCCAGUUACUCAGUAAAGUGGACGAUAGAAGAGAAAGAACUGUUUGAACAAGGACUGGCUAAAUUUGGCCGAAGGUGGACGAAAAUCGCAACACUAGUUGAAAGUCGCACAGUUUUACAAGUGAAGAGUUAUGCCCGACAGUACUUUAAAAAUAAGGUAAAGUGGGGUGUGGCAAAAGAAACACCAACUCAGAAGAGCAGCAGUGAUCUUCAGGUUAAAAAUAAAGAUGAAAGGACGAAGGUGUGGGCAGCAUCAUGUUUAAGGGGGCGUGCUGAUCCCAACCUGAACGCUAUAAAAAUUGAGAAGUUAUCUGAUGAUGAAGAUGUAGACAUCACAGACGAGCUGGAUGAGUUGGAUUCUCAAACAUCACAGAAGAAUUCUGGCAGCCACGUUACUUUAGAUGUUUCUAAUAGUAAAAUGUAUAAGACCAACCAAGGAGAAUUGUGCCAAGAAGGUUCAUUAGCUAAAUGUUCAGGAGAGAAUCUUCAGAAUGUGAAGGAAAGUGAGACAGAAGCAUGUUCAAGCUCAGAAAUUACAUGUCGGGCUGAAAAACAGAACAAUAAUGGCAAAAACCCAGUCAAAUUAAAUGAGAAAUAUGAUAAACUAGUUGAAGAACACACUAUACAAGAUGGAGAAGAUAGAACAGGGGAAGCCAAGCACUCACCUUCUCCAGAGCCCUGUGAGGGCCAGAAGGACCCAAGUGGAAAUGAAACGCUUUUGCCUCCUUGCCAAAUGGAGGAGGAAAACUCUGAAGGAGAAGUGCUUAAGCCACCAGAACAAGAAGUAGAUAUAGAUAGAAAUGUCAUUCAAGAAGAAGAAAAGCAAGCGAUUCCUGAGUUUUUUGAGGGACGCCAAACUAAAACACCAGAACGCUAUUUGAAAAUUAGAAACUACAUUUUGGAUCAGUGGGAAAUAUGCAAACCGAAAUACUUAAAUAAGACCUCAGUGCGUCCCGGCCUGAAGAACUGUGGGGAUGUUAAUUGUAUUGGACGGAUUCAUACAUACCUCGAGUUGAUAGGAGCAAUCAAUUUUGGAUGUGAGCAGGCAGUAUAUAACAGGCCACAACCAGUUGACAAAGUGCGAGGGACCGACAGAAAAGAUGCAGAAGCAGCGUACCAGCUUGCCUGGCGCCUGCAGUCUAUGCGAACGAGGAAACGUAGGGUCCGAGAUCCCUGGGGAAACUGGUGUGAUGCAAAAGAUUUAGAAGGGCAAACAUUUGAGCAUCUGACUGUGGAGGAGUUGGCAAGAAGAGAAGAGGAGGAAAGGGGCAAACCUACUAAAUUUCCAAAAGCUUCAAAACUUCCAAAAAGUUCACUUGAUCCUUUCCAACUGAUACCUUGUAGUUUUUUCAGUGAAGAGAAACAGGAGCCGUUUCAGGUGAAAGUAGCUUCAGAAGCACUUUUAAUAAUGGAUUUGCACGCCCACGUGUCUAUGGCAGAGGUGAUUGGGCUUUUAGGAGGAAGAUACUCAGAGGCUGAUAAGAUCCUUGAAGUAUGUGCAGCAGAACCAUGUAACAGUCUGAGUACAGGACUUCAAUGUGAGAUGGAUCCUGUAUCACAAACACAGGCAUCAGAAACCUUGGCUCUCAGAGGCUACAGUGUUAUUGGGUGGUAUCAUUCUCAUCCUGCAUUUGAUCCUAAUCCAUCUUUAAGAGAUAUUGACACACAAGCCAAAUACCAGAGUUACUUCUCCAGAGGAGGAGCAAAAUUCAUUGGAAUGAUUGUUAGUCCAUAUAAUCGAAGUAAUCCUUUACCAUAUUCCCAGAUUACCUGCUUGGUUAUAAGUGAAGAAGUUAGCCCUGAUGGUACCUAUCGUUUACCAUACAAAUUUGAAAUACAACAGAUGUUAGAAGAACCUCAGUGGGAAUUAGUGUUUGAAAAGACAAGAUGGAUAAUCGAAAAAUACAGGCUUUCUAAUAGUAGCGUCCCCAUGGAUAGAAUCUUUCGCCGGGAUUCUGACCUAACUUGUCUGCAGAAACUUUUGGAGUGUCUAAGGAAAACACUAAGCAAAGUAGCCAAUUGCUUCAUCGCUGAGGAAUUCUUGACUCAAAUAGAAAAUUUGUUCCUUUCCAAUUACAAAAGCAAGGAAGAAAAUGGACUGACAGAAGAGAAUAGAACAAAGGAAUUGUUCAUGUAAUUAUUUUAAAUGUCUACAUGCUUUGGCAGCUGCAGAUGGCCCCUCUGCAACCUCGGCCUCCUGGGAAAAGUUAGAGCCAAGACCGUAAAGAAGCCCAGAUGAGUCUGGAACUUGAGGGGGCAUGUAACACAGAAGUUCAUAUAAGGAAGGAAGGAGGGAAGGAAGGAAGGAAGGAAGGAAGGAAGGAAGGAAGGAAGGAAGGAGCCUUCCCAACAAUGUUUGCAGAAGUGGAGGACCAGAGAUGCCUGAGUCUCUUCAUCCUAGGUUCUGUUUUCAUUGGUGCAUACAACUGUAAAAUGAGUUUAAAUUUUGUUUGUGUUUCUGACAUGGCUAAGGAAACUUGAUACUAGUGCUUCUUCUAUAUUAGACUUACUGUUCUUCAAAACUAAUAAAGCAAAAUCAGUGAAACAAGACCAGUAAAGUAAAAACUCCCUGGCCACCGCUUACCCUUGGCUGGGCUUCCCUGGUCCUUUUACUCCACCCAUUCAUGGAAUGGGUGUGGCCCUGCUCAGUGCUUGGGAGGUUUGAGGCGCUGAGCACUUUAGCUCACUUUGACCCUUCCAUAGCGAAUUUAAAGUGACAUUUUAUGAUUGUAUUUAUAUAGCAUGACAGUAUUCACAUUUUAGAUUAAAAUAUUCUUUUAAUCUAAAACUUGGAUUAUUUUUCCUAACAAAAUUAAGUAAAACAUUUGUUACACAUCCUUCAAAAUUGUGAGAAUCUGAGACUGUACCUGAUGAGUGUUUUCCCUGCCUAUGUUCUGAGAGGGUUGUUGGAGAAAUACAGAUAGUGCUCUCCAUCCCACUGCACCACUCGGGUAUCUAUUGCUGCUCCAGCCAGGAGCACAGCCACUCCGCCCCUCCUGUCACCAGCCUGGACAUCUGAACUUUCCCAUCCUAGCCAGAACUCAGGGUGGCUUAGGUCAUUCACGGCAGGCAGCAGUGCAGGAGUGAGAAAUCAGUAGAUGGAAUUUUUAUUUUGGUUCCUACUUUUACAGCUUGUGCCCCACCCUACAAGGUAAGGUACCUUUCUUCCCUUUCCUCUCAAACCCUCAUAUUCAUCUAUUCAUCCAUUCUCACAGCACAAAGGUAUAAGAGCUUUAUAUCAUUCGCUGAGGGUAAUUAAACAGACCCAUUCAGGAAAUGCCUGCAGUUGUGUAUUGUUUAGCAUUCACUUCUCCAGGCUUCUCCACAGAAUGUUCCUCUCGGGCUUGGGAGGUGAGGUCUGUAGCCUGCAGCCUGUCAGCACCUUUAGCUCCUUCGUUUCUCAGGACGGAGAAAGUGGCAGCCUCAGCACUCCAGCCUAAGCUGUCCUACUGCUCUCUAGUUUACCUUUCCCCACGCACAUUGCUGAGUCCUGGAGAAGCAAUAGAACCUGGCCAUGCCCUCUGCUCUGUGCCAGCAGAAUGUACACACUUGACGUUCACCAGCAGACAUCCCAUGAGGGGUUCUCAUCAGUAGGAGAGGUGGCCACCCAAAUUUUCCUUUUUCUACUUACAGCAAGGCACUCACUUAAUGUGGUGUCACGUGACACGGCACGGAGGAAAGCACCUUCACAGAAGCACAAGAAAAGCACACACGUUUUUAUAAACAUGUACUCUGUCAGUGUUAACAAACUUAACAAAGAAACUUGAUCCCAGAACUGCAUCUCUAGUUUUGUAUUUAUUAAUAAUGCUUUUAUGACAAUAUAUCUUAUAAUAUGUCCAGAAAAAUCAGAAUAAUGUAAUAUCCUUAGAUUAUUAUUUCCUAACCUUUUCUGAAAAGGUUUUAUGCAUGAUUUCAUUACCUGUAACUUUGCUUUCUGGUAUCUCUUCUACCUUAUUCCCAUAUUGCCCCACCAAAUCAGGAGGAAAUAAAAGCAUCCAAGAGGAACUUAGACAGUUCUUAAUGAAACUAAACUUUAAAGCUGAAAUUACUUCACAGCAUCUAGGAGGCUUUUAUUUUUGUCCUUUGCGGUUUCUGUCGUAUAUUCAUGUGAGUUCCAUAGAAAAUGCCUGGUUUGUUUGUGUGUAAGGUUUCCCAGUAACUUUUCAAGAAUUUGUUAAAUACCUUUCACAGUUCAUGUUUCCCUUUUUAUAUAUUAUCAUAAAAUUGAGACCUGUUUGAUGGUGCACACCUUUAAUCCCAGAAUCUAGAAGCAGAGACAGGAGAAUCUCUAUAGCAUUCAGGGUUAGCCUGGAACAGGACUACAUAGUAAGACCCUAUCUUAAAAAUAAAACAAAACAAAAAGAUCGUCUGCUUCAGCAUAUGAGUUCUAAAAUUGUAAUUAGAUUUUAGCAUGAUUUAUGUAGAUGAGUAUUUUAUAUUGCCUUUAAAUAUGUAGAUUGAAGUUGAUUUGCACGGUUGUAAUGUAAAUAAGACAUUGCAUGACAAUUUAUGAACUUGUUGCUGUCUUCCCACAAUAUUAACAGUUUUAUGAACUUUUUCACUAUGCAUUUACAGUGUUCUAUAACAAUAUAAUGACUUUAAACUAUUUUAUACAUUUAAAUGUACUGUUGUAUAUAUCUGCAUUAAAGAAUAUUGUAAAUAUCAGUGUUUGUAAAAUUAUAAAAGAUUUUUCCAAAAAUAUAAAUUCAUCUUUCCAUACUUACUUGUAACAUAUUAAAAAUGCUGAUUUUAAGCUUUGACAUAUUAUCUUGUAGUGAACGCUAAGGAGAAACAUGCUGUCAAUUCAAUACAAGCAAAAUUUUGAAAAUAAAACAUACUUUUGAUGUCUUUGUA